GGUCACGUGUUAUGUUAUUCGCGCUCUCUGUCGCCACCUCGCGGACGCGGAGCAGCUCCACAGACGGAUGUUCAGGAUUUAAAAUGGCGUCCGGAGAAACGAACAGAAUCUGGAGUGUUUGUAACGUUAACGACAGAAGACACGGGGUGCGCGAGUCUGACAGUGGACGGUGACGUCAGGUGUAACGGUACCGAAGAAAACAACGAGCCACUGUCGCGCUAACAGCAGCGAACAGAGCGGAUGAUGAUCGAUGAAGGAUUAUUGAUGAAGGAUUAUUGAUGAAGGAUUAUUGACAUGGGGACAGGAGGAGCUGCGGCAGCGAACCGGACACUGCAGGUACCAGCAGUCAGAACCGGAACACGGUAAACUGACCUGAGAGAUCCACGACUGAUCACAACUAGCCAGUAAAACAUGAAGUUGUCAUCAUGCUGUGAGGUCGUGACCUCCCUCGCUCUGUGAGGAGCAGGAGAUGGCAGCUGAACUUGUCUCCACCAGCCUCCCCCACACCAACGAGGUGGAGGAGGUGGAGGUGAAGAAGAGUUUCAUCCUGCAGAGCGAACCAGACCCGACCUCCGACCACGACCGGGACGCCUAUCAGACGAACGACGUCACAGAGGAGAGAGACAGCUGGCCAGCAGCGCCCCCCACCCUCCGAGAGAGGAACGCUCUGAUGUUCAACAACGAGCAAAUGGCAGACGCUCACUUCCUCGUCGGUCCUCCAGGAGAAACUCAGAAAGUCCCUGCUCAUAAGUACGUCCUGGCCGUGGGCAGCUCCGUGUUUGGAGCCAUGUUUUAUGGAGAUCUGGCCGAGGGACAAUCUGAGAUCCACAUCCCAGAUGUGGAGCCAACUGCUUUCCUCAUCCUGUUGAAGUACAUGUACAGUGACGAGAUUGAGCUGGAGGCCGACAACGUGCUCGCUACCCUCUAUGCUGCCAAGAAGUACAUUGUUCCUGCUCUGGCCAAGGCGUGUGUGACCUUCCUGGAGACCAGCCUGGAGGCAAAAAACGCCUGCAUCCUGCUGUCUCAGAGCCGGCUGUUCGAGGAGCCGGAGCUGACGCAUCGCUGCUGGGAGGUGAUCGACGCUCAGGCUGAGCUCGCUCUGCGAGCCGAAAGUUUCUGUGAGAUCGACCUGCCAACGCUGGAGAUCAUCCUGCAGAGAGAAACACUCAACAUCCGCGAGGUCGUGGUCUUCCAGGCAGUGCUGAGCUGGUCGGUGGCUGAGUGUCAGCGGCAGAGCCUGGCAGUGAGCCCCAGGAACCAGCGGGCGGCACUGGGUAAGGCUCUGUACCUGGUCCGGUUCCCUUCUAUGACGCUGCAGGAGUUUGCAGACGUUGCAGCGCAGUCAGACAUUCUAACGCUGAAAGAGACUCGCGACAUCUUCCUGUGGUUCACCGCCACCAACAAACCCAGACUGGAGUUCCCUCUGGUGACGCGGUCGGGCCUGGCACCACAGAGGUGCCAUCGUUUCCAGUCCUCAGCCUACCGCAGUAACCAGUGGCGGUACAGGGGGCGCUGCGAUAGCAUCCAGUUCGCGGUGGACAGGAGAAUCUUCAUGGCUGGACUCGGUCUGUAUGGGUCGAGCAGCGGGAAGGCGGAAUACAGUGUGAAGAUUGAACUGAUGAGGCAGGGAACCAUUCUGGCCCAGAACCUUACCAAGUUCUUGUCAGACGGGUCGAGCGGUACCUUCCCUGUGUGGUUCGAACAUCCGGUCCAGGUGGAACAGGACACAUUCUACACGGUCAGCGCAGUCCUGGACGGAAAUGAGCUGAGCUACUUUGGACAGGAGGGGAUGACGGAGGUGCAGUCUGGAAACGUGACCUUCCAGUUUCAGUGUUCGUCAGACAGUACCAACGGGACCGGCGUGCAGGGGGGACAGAUCCCCGAGAUAGUUUUCUACUGUUGAACCUGAACCAGCCAGUAGCUGUGAUUCUGACUGAAAUGUUGUCGAAGGACUGGAAGCUGAUUGGCUCUUUGGUUUGUUGGUGCUUGUUUGAUAAAAUAAAAUAAAGUGACAGAAACUAA